UCAACAUGGCACUAAUUAUCCUAGCACUUUUACUGGUGCUCUUUGUGUUGCUUUACAAAUUUUCGAUGGCACCAUAUGGUGUCUUAAGUGCUCGAGGAAUCGCUCAUGAGAUGCCAAAACCGUUCAUUGGGAAUCUGAGUCUAAGAGUAAUCUUCGCUCGUACUCCAUUCAUACAGGUCAUUCUUGAUAAAUAUAAGAAAUUUAAGCAGCAUAAAGUGUAUGGAUUCUAUAAUGUGCGGGAGCCGUUAUUUGUGUUGCGCGAUGUUGAGGUGAUUAAGAAAGUGGGCAUCCAGGACUUUGAUUACUUCACCAAUCAUCGCCCCAUGUUACCUGAGUCCUCCGGGACCAUAUUCUCCAAGUGUUUGAUAUCAUUGAACGACGAUAAAUGGAGGGAAAUGCGCAAUACGUUGACACCAGCCUUCACUGGAAGCAAACUUAAGGCCAUGUUCGAGUUGAUUAAUGAGUGCAGCCUGGAGGGCGUCAGAUACAUUGAGAACGAGUUGAGAAAUGCAAAUAGUCUGGACAUUGAAUUGGAGAUGAAAGAUUACUUUGAACGGUUUGCCAAUGAUGUGAUUGCAUCGGCUGCAUUUGGCAUUAAAGUCAAUUCGUUUGUGGAUAAAAAGAAUCAAUUCUAUAAAGCCGGACAGUCGGUGAUUCACUUCUCUGGACUCGCCAUGAUCAAGAUUAUACUCUAUAGCAUAAUGCCUCGCGUGAUGAAGAUUUUGCGCAUUUCAAUGUUCGAUCAACGAAAGUUGGAUUAUUUCAAGACCCUAAUAUUCGAUGCCAUAAAAUAUCGCACUGAGAAUAAAAUCAUUCGACCCGAUAUGAUACAUUUGCUGAUGGAGGCCAAACGGCAAUUUCUGCUACAGGAAACUAUUCCAGAAUCCUCCACGGAGCAUGCCGAGUUCAAUGAUGACGAUCUACUGGCACAAUGUGUUUUGUUUUUCUUUGUAGGUUUCGAAGUAAUGUCCGCUUGCCUUUCCUAUUUGACCUAUGAACUCUGCAUGAAUCCCACGGUCCAAUCGAAGUUGUACGAGGAGAUUCAAUCAGUGGAACAGGAAUUGCAAGGCAAACCACUCAACUACAAUAUGUUGUCGAAAAUGAAGUACAUGGAGUUGGUUAUAUCGGAGCUAUUGCGUCUUUGGCCACCUGCUUUUAGUUUGGAUCGAGUGUGUGGUAAAGAUAUCGAUAUACUCGAUGACAAUCAAGAAGUCUUGGUUAAGUUUCGUAAGGGCGACAUUAUAGUAAUUCCAGUGAUUGCCUUACAUCGCGAUCCAGAACAUUUUCCUGAACCCGAGCUCUUUAGGCCGGAACGCUUUUUGGAAGAGAAUAAAGACGAAAUCAAACCCUUUACAUAUUUGCCCUUUGGCCUUGGACCACGAAGUUGCAUUGGCAACAGAAUGGCUUUGAUGGAGGUAAAAUCUAUUAUUUACCAUAUGCUGUGCAAAUUUAAAUUGGUGCCUGGUGAAAAAACUGUUAAAAAUGUAAUGGAUAGCUUAAAGGGAUUUCAUAUGCAGCCAAAGGACAAGUUCUGGAUCAAAUUUGUGCGCCGAGAUGUGAUUUAAAAGUGUUUGAAAUAUAUAAACAAAUCAAUAAUCAGCGUAUAUAGCUUAGUAUAUGUUUGAUUUGAAAUUGAAUUAUCUAUGCCUAAUAAAGAUUAGAUUACUUUAUUUACA